AUGAAAGGAAAACAAGUGGAGCAUAAGAAAAACGAUGGAUAUGUCUACCCUACUGCGAAUUGGCUCGGAAGCUACGGCCAGUACAUUCCUACAUUCUUGAAUAAAAGAGAAACCCUCCUCACCAGCUUGCCCACACAACAUGACGGAGUCAACAAAAUGGAGUCCCCCAGUGUUUACAGCAUAAACUACAAGGACUGUGAACAAAAAUACAUCGGAGAGACGGGAAGGACAAUCAGCACAAUAAUCAAAGAACCCCAGCGACUAUGCAGAGAAAUUGAUACGGAAAGAUCGGAGAUAGCUGAACACAUCGCCAUUACCGGCCACACAAUUGACUGGCCUCAUAUGGGGACCAGGACAACCGUUCAACAGCAAUAA